CUGAUACUUCUGCGAUUUCUGUGACUUCUGCGACUUACCACCGUAUGAAAAAGCUACAUCUGUCCACACAGAAAAUUGCAUCUCAACAAACCUGUCAUUGACACUCAGUAAAGGGAUAACUCAAAAUAUCAUUGUCAGCAGAUCUGGAGAAAUUGCCACUGCGUCUUUAGACCGUUUUCGUCAGACGAGAGACACAGUUCUGGUUGCUGUACGUAUCUAUCCACAUCAAGGCUGUUGAGAGAGACUCGUGAGGAUUCAAGAGAGCUCUUAGAGGAUUUGCAGUUUAAAAGUGACAUUAUUGCGAAAUAAGGUCAUUUUACUUAGUUUUCCACCAUCACAGAAGAAAACAAGAUGCCGAAACAAAAGCAGAAACAAAAAACUGCAGACAUUGGCUUUCACUAUGGAAGGACCGAUCUGGAACGUAUUGGUUUAUUUGCAGAAAUGAGUUAUCUCCAUGGAAUGGGCUAUACUCGGCCUUAUGUCAAUGUUUUCAAUGAAGAAAGUAUCAAAGGGCGUCAGAUGAUUCCUGGUUUUCCACAGUCAAAAUGUGCAAGAGAUGAUGGUUACUUCAUUCCUUUCAGACGAAUCUUUCAGAAAGAAGCCUAUUUCAAUAGGAGUAGAGCAGCAUAUCUGGAACGACUUGCAGCAACUGCAAAGAACAUUGCACCAAGAACAUUUGUACAGCCAUCUCCAACAAAAAGACAAACUGGAUCUGGAGAUUAUUAUGGUUGUUUUGAGAAAAUUACAGCUUUCAGCCCAUUAAAACGAGCACAGCCUCCAAGAGUGAAGGAGCCAAAGAAUAUGCUUUCGAAGCCUCCGAAGAAGGGUGGACCAGGUUAUCCCGAUAUUACAUUUUCGCCAUAUCCAGAAUACAUAGAGAGCCUUUAUCGUGGAGAACUUCAGGACUACAGGAAUAAAUACAUACAACAUAUGUUAGUCAAUAAAAGACCUGCUUUCCUGUCAGCAAUUCAUCGAACUCAAUAUUUUGAUCCAAACCCAUAUUUUGUUCCUGAAGAGGAUGUUGGUCCUACGUAUGCUGAACCAGUAGGAAAAAUAGUCAAAGGUUUUGGAAGUGGUGUUUUUAUUCCCUCUUCACCUGGCAAAAAGGAUGGUGGUUGCAAAGCUGGCACCUUUGGCAAAUAUCCUGCUCAUUCAGAGGAUAAGUAUUUCCCUCCAAUAGAGUCUGUACCAAGAACGAUGUCUUCAAAUGUAUUUUAUCCACAAAUGAACAUCAGGAGCAUGCAGACGAGAUCUAUUGUCAAUUAUAAUGUAGACUUUGGUGUAAAUGCUGAGAACUGGAGGAAGUGUGGCCUUAUUGUGUACACACAAUAAACUGUAAUUGAUUAUAAACUAAAACAGCUGAUCAUUAUUGCUCUUAUUGCAGGUAAGCACUUCUAUACAGGGUGUUACAGAAUGACAUUUAAAAAUUUGGGAGGUUGUAGAGAAAGACAGUUUGAGUCUUUCGUACAAGGAACCUGUGGCCAGAAAUGAGA